AUGGAUUUAGAUAUUAUUCCAUUUGAUGUUCUCAGUUUCAAAGUUAAACAUUCUAGGGACGUUAGAGCUGGUGGAAUAAAAGCUGUCGAUAUUUGCACCUCUCAUUUCCUCCAAAAAGGUGCUUGGAAUGAUGUUCCUUCUCACGCUCUAAGCUUAAACUUCGAGGAUGACAAAGCUAUUAUUAGGGGUGAACCAAAUAUAAAAUGGGCAUUCACUGCAUACGAGAAUGUCGGACAAACUAUUGCAUCAGUUAUUUCGAAAGAUCCAUCGACUCUCCCAGAUAAGAUUCGUGUUUGGUCAGAUAAGAUCACUCAGGAACAACUUUUAAAUAGAAUGAUGGGUCAAGAUUAUCCUAGGAAGUUUAUUUCUUAUGAAGAUUCCCUCAAAGAAUGCAAGGAAAGAAUCGAAAGUGUUGGUAUAAGAGCAGAAGACUUCUUAUUAUACACACAGACUGUUAGUGCCUCAGGACUUUUAGACUUUGAGUGGGAUUCAAAAGAACUCAUCAAUCCAAAUGAAAGUUUGUUCAAAUGGAUUAAAUUUGAAUCAACGAAAUAG